AUGGCAGAAGAUAAAAAGGGAAAGAAGUCAUUGUUCUCACGACACAGAUACCGCCAUGAGUCCCCUGCUCGCCAGACGGGAAGCAUUCGGCAGGACACAGCGCCCAGGCAGCCGCUCAAAGACACCACUACGAACGACGCCCUUGGGCGUGUACCUCCCAAGCUACCGCAGGAAACGUCGAAGCCAAGAAGCGACUACUCGACCGACAAAUUGUUACUCUGGCGUGAAGCAUAUGAGGCUCUCAAAGACGAUGCAGAAACUCAAAGUAUGGUCUUGCAAUACGAGGACUUUCUUCGCGAUCCCGCCAAUGGUCUAGUCGAGAACGCCACGGAACUGCAAGGUCAGCCAGAACUAGAGCAAAUGAAAAUGCUGCUAGGCCGGAGCCUUGAAAGAACAGCCCGGAUGGACAAAUUUGAUAGAGGACUUGGACUUGUCAUAGACACGGUGCUUACUGUGAAGGACAUUGUGGGGACCGCACUCUCAUCAGUCCCUAUAGCUGCUGCUGCUUGGACGCCUAUCUGCAUUGCGCUGGAGUUUCUUGUGAAAUCUCCUCACGAGAACCAAGAGAAUCGCGACGGCAUUGUUGAAGUCGUGAAUAAGAUGAGAUGGUAUUCUAAUAUGUCCCUCCUACUACUCGACGACACACCCAGAAACCAAGACAUCCGCUACCACGACUUGCGAUUGCAACUAGCAAGUCGGAUCCGUGACCUCUACAAAGCAAUAUUGGACUACAUCAUCACGACCGUGUAUGAGCAUCACAAGCACGCGGUAUCCCGUUUCACGUCGAGGAUGUUCGGCAGCUGGAAAGACAAGCUGGACGCCAUUCUCAAGGCGGAAAAGACUGCGACGGACUUCGCGAGUCAGAAGUGUGACCAGCAGAUGAACACUCAGCUUCAACUCCUCGUGGACUUCCACUUGACAGAGGCAGAAAGUGGGAUCAUGUCCAAGCUCUCGGUCAGAAACAUGUUCGACGAGAUGACUGCGUUGGAGAAGCGAAAGGAUAAGCUGAUUCCCAACUCUUAUUCAUGGAUCUCCGGGAAGCCUCAGUACAAGCAGUUCCUGGUCUGGGAUACAACACGAGGAUCUCGGAUGCUUUGGAUCAAAGGCGCCGCUGGUACUGGCAAGACCAUGAUUGUCAUCGGUCUGAUCCGCGAACUUCACGGGCAUUUCAACCUGCCGUGUCUAUGUUACUUCUUCUGCCAAGGGUCGAACGAUGAGCUGAACACCGCCACAGCCAUUCUGAAGGGUCUAAUGGCGAUGCUGAUUCGCCAAAACAAAUCGCUUUUUCAGCACGUAUUCAAAGAAAUCAAUGCUUCCGGAGAUCGGUUCUUGACUGCCAAUGAUGCUUUCCCCACUUUGAGCAGGAUCUUCCUGGACAUGAUCCGAGAUCAGAUGUUGGAGCGGGCUGUCUUCGUCGUCGACGCUCUCGACGAGUGCAAGCACUGUGAUUCUCACGAUUCAGUGGCAGGACUGGUCGAUCUCCUGGAUUUGAUCUCAGAAACAAUACAGGUCAGCGACAAGGUCAAAUGGCUGGUGUCUGGUCGAAACAUUGAGCAAAUCGCGAAUGCUUUAGGCAACACCGAACAACACAAGCCUGACGUAAAAGCAUUGCAGGAGUAUGAGUCCAUUGAGGUGAACAGAGAGUCAGCUGCUGAAGCUGUCGACUUGUUCAUCGAACGAAAGGUCAGCGAGCUGAAAGAGAAGCAUGUGCGAAAAGUAGAGGGCAGAGUACCGAAAAGCAAGCAAAAGAUGUUGGAAGAGAAGGAGAAAGCCCUCAACGACGUUGGAAAGGUACUGCGAGACAGGACGGACGGUACUUUUCUCUGGGUAUCGCUGGUAUUUCGGGAAUUGAAGGACUGUGAGCCUCGCAAGAUGCUUGCAACACUGGACAACAUUCCGUCAGAGCUCAAGAAAGUGUACGCUCGGAUGAUCCAGCGUAUCAACGCGUCGCCACACAAGGAAUCGUAUCAAAGAGCGAUCUCGGCCGCUGUGCUUGCAUACCGUCCUCUGAGCGUCGUCGAAAUGAUGAUGUUUGCGAACGAAGCACCACCUGGAGAAGACGCGGACUUUUUGGAGAAUUCUGGCUUGUUGACUGUCCGGGACGGCGUCGUCAAUCUCCUUCAUCAGUCGACACUCGACUACUUGAAAGAAAGACCAGAUGAUGACAUUCGUGGACUGUUUCCAGGAGCGUACACGGACGGCCACGCUGAGAUUCUGAAAAGUUCGCUCAAAGCUAUGGGAAGCGACCUGGCAGAAGAUAUGAGAUCGAAAAGUCCUGCUACCCCUCGGAAAGAACUCUCAGACUUGGAAUAUCUGGUCGCCGUGCGAUAUUCAUGCCGUUACUGGAUAAAUCACUUUUGUGAUAUGCCGGACACUACACAUGGACCUGACCUCUAUGACGAAAUCUUGGCCUUCUUGAAGGUCCAUUUGCUGGAAUGGCUGGUAGCAAUUUGCUUGAUGCAAAAAAUGCCAUCGGCUUUGCUGUCGAUCAGAAAACUUCAGAAGCUACUUCACCACAAGCAAACGAAUCCACAACUUUCACGCCUGGUGGAUGAUGCGGAUCGAUUCUGCCGACUUACCAAAGAUGGGAUAGAGGAGUAUCCUCUCCAGGUGUACUGCGCUGCAUCUCUCUUCACACCAGCCGGUAGUAUGAUCAGGGAGCUGUUUCAAGCCCAAAGGCCGGAUUUCAUCGCCAAUACACCGGCCAUGGAAGACGAUUGGCAUGCCUGCCAGCAGACUUAUACUUUCAACGGUGACUUUCAGGGAUUCUCCUUGGAAAAUGGAAAAUUCGUAACCAAGACUACGGAUUCGGUUGAGUUCGUGGAUUUACAUACUGGGGCCCGUUCUCAAUGGUUUGAGCCGAGCUUCUCAAAAUCUCAAGGGAUUGUGUUCUCCCCAAACGGUGGUCUACUCGCGUUAGUGAACAACGAAAACGUCGAUGUAUGGAAUGUUCUGGAGCGCAAAGAGCUUUCGAAAAUCGAAGUCGUAGCUGCCGGGGAAAGUCUGUGUGCCGUCAGAUUCUCCCCCUCCAAGCCGGAAAUUGCCAUUGGCAUUGAAGAUCUUGUGGGUUCGUGGAGGGUUUCAAUAUACGACGUUGAAGACAAUUCGCUCGGAGCUCCCGUUUUGGAGGUAGCACCGGACGGCCAUCCUCCUUAUGGGUUCAACGGACUUGCGUACUCUUCUGAUGGAAAGUCUCUCGCAACGGCUGGGGCCACUGUUCAGGUUUGGGAUGUCGAGACUGGGAUUUGCAAAUCCGUGGUGAUUGGGCAUGUACCUAUCGCUUCUCCGAGCCUCAGCGCCGAUGGGAAACUGUUAGCAGUGGUGGUCGAGAGAAACGCCGAUUUGAGCAUCUGGAAUAUCGAGACCCGAAGUGCCUCACUGCUACGAAAGUUCAAUCCGUACGAAGACGAGGGACUCGACGAUAUCAGUCUUGCUGCUUUUACUUCCGUCGCCUUUUUGCCGGACUCUCAGCUCGUUGCGGCCAGCUCCGGCUCCGGCUCUAUUCAUUUGUUAGACAUACGUAGCGGAGACCCCCUUGCAAGACUCGGUGGACAUGGUGGUUUUUUAUAUUCGCUGUCUUGCUCUAAAGAUGGGACGCUGCUCGCCUCGGCAUCUGUUGACUGCACGGUGAAGCUCUGGACCAUACCAAAGAGUCAGUCUUCGAGGGGUAGUAGCCAUGGCUUUACGGUCGACCGAAUCUCGAUGUCUCCCAACACUAUGUGGUUUGCAUCAAGCAGCACAGACUCGGUCAAAGUCUGGGAUGUCGACGGCACCUGCGUACGUACUUUAGCAGGAGAAACGUCAAAUGCAGAAAUCGCCAUCUCGCCUGGGGGUGACUUGUUUGCAACGGUGCACUACAUAAGAGCCAGCGCCAUUGAAAACUCUAACGGGAAAAGCAAAAUCGUUCAGAAAGGGUCUGACCUGAAAGUGUGGGAUAAGAACGGCUGUUCAUGCAAUAUAAUCCGCGAUGCGGAGAUGCUGGGGUCGGUCCAUUUCUCGCCGUGUGGCACAAUGAUCGCUUCUGGGGCUGAACGUAGUGUCAAGGUGUGGAAUCUUGCAGACAAAAGCUUCAAGUGGAAUACGGAAAGAGUAAAACCCCGAAGAUAUCUGGUUUCGCCAAUGGCGGUCGCCUUUUCAGCAGAUGGAGAGCUAAUUGCCACCGGUGACCACUCAGAUUCUUUCGUCAAGAUUUGGUACCUUUCUGACGGCCGAGAGAAAGACGAAAUCUCAUUGAGAGACAUGAGCGAAUCCACGGUUAAUCGGGCUCUCAAAUCUCUUGCCUUCUGUCAAAAUGGUGAGAGACUGUUGUCAAACACUAUGAAUGAUCGGUUGCAAGUAUGGGACUUGAAACGCAAGACCCUAAUGCACAGCUUCGACUGGAAUAGUAAUCAAGCGUCGAACUUAAUGUUCAUCAACAACGGGCCACUGAUAAGCUCAAGCCGAGGCGUUUUUACUCUCCCGCCAGAUUCUUCUCCUGAUAGCACGUCAACGGAAGAGAUGGCGGUUCAGCUCCAGGGACCCGGUAUCAGCGAUGAUGAUGAGUGGAUCACGUGGGAUGGCGAUGACCUACUUUGGCUACCGCCGCCGUACAGGCCUAUGGCCUCAGCUGUGCGGAGUCGUACAGUAGUCAUUGGGUGCGGCUCAGGACAGGUGUAUGUUAUCACCUUCAAGGACGACUUCGAUGGUAUCGACUCUUGA